CUACUUUUUCAAGGUGGGGUGAAACCCAGCAAAAUUCGGCCUCUGUUGAGGGCUCUGGGCUGUGGCCAGAUAACGCAGAGAGACCUGCAGAAUUUCCGUCAGAAAAUGAAAAAAGAGCAGCUUGGCGGCCUGUCACCCGAGGAGAAACUAGUGGAGGUGUUGGAGUCAUUACUCUCAAAUGACCCCAAUGCAUUCAUCCAUGUUGGAAAAUCACCAGAUAAUGACCUUACUUUCCUUUUUAUUCAAACUGGAGCAAUGAGGGACACAAUGAGAACGUAUGGCAGAGUUCUCCUCCUUGACCACACUUACAAAGUUAAUAAAAAUAAGAUGCCAUUGACCGUGCUCAUGACCAUGGAUGGCGAUUUAGAGGGCAGACCGGUUGGCUAUGCAUUUGUGGCAAACGAACAACUAGUCACUGUUAAAGCCGUCAUGGAUGUGUUUAAAUCAGCCAUAGGAGAUGAAGCUGCCUCACGCAUCUCUUCCAUAACAGUGGACAAGGACUAUACUGAAAUUAAAGCUUUGGCAGCUGUGUUCCCUAAUGCUGUGAUACAACUGUGCGACUUUCACGUAAGUCGCACAUUUAAUGGCAAGACACACCAAGAAGAUCCCAGGGUUAAAGAAAUUCUGACAAGUAUGAGAUAUUGUAGUCAAGAAGAUGAAUUCAAAGACUUGGAGACUGAAUUAAGACGAGUGGCCACAGAGAAAUUCAUGACAUAUUUUGUGAAGAACUGGCUAUCAUGCCCAGUAGCAUGGUCCUACAGGGAUCGCAAAGUAGUUGCGAAUUCUGGAAAUGCCACAAACAAUAGACUGGAAAACCUGAACGGCAAAAUCAAAAAUGUCGUAAACUCCAGUAGUGAGUUGUAUGAAGCUGUUGAUGGCAUCAUUCAGAUCCACCUUAACAAGGAGGAGGAUGUUGUGUUUAGAAAAACUAGUGCAGCUAUGAAGCAGGCUUACAUGACAAAAUGCAAAGACCCCAUUGCCAACACAAUAGUUCAGGACCUUACCAGAAAUGCUGCAAAAAUUGUGAUCUGGGAGCUAGAUGCUGAACCUGCAGAGUCAGAGAUAGCCAAGUUUUGUUCCACGGAAACAAAUUGUCAGUGCAUCCACGCAUGUUCUUACAAGGAUCAAUUGCCAUGUCGGCAUAUGUUUGCCUGCAGAAGAAAAUCUGGGAAAGCACUUUACAUGAAAGAAGAAAUUGACAAAAUGUUUUGGAAAGAGUCAGGUGAAUGUCGCAGCAGCAGUACCAUUUCUGGACCACAAAUUGGAUGCCAUGUUGUGCCAUCGAAACUUAUUCCAAAAACACAGUCUGAGAAAUACUCAUACUCUCUGAGCCUGUCGAAGCAGAUAUGCUCAAGCAUGGCUGAAUGUGGUGAUGUUCAGUUCAUGGAGCGGUACAACCAGCUCAAAGAGUUAUUUAAAUUUUGGUGUGCUGGCACUCAAGUUAAAAUUAUCGAUGCUGCCAAUUUUUCUGAAAUCGAAGUCCAUGUGCAUGAAAAUACACUAAAUCAACCUGAAGAGACUGUAAUGUUACAUACUGCUGCACCACCAGAAAAUGAAAUUUUGAAUCAAGGUGUACCCACUGACCGCGCAGAAGCCCAGCUGCAGCAUGAGGAAUCUGUGACGUUGCCUCAAAAUCGGACUGUCCCAACAACUGAUAUAAUUCACCAGGAUUCAGCAGGUCAAAAUACAUCAUGUAUUGCUUGCACUCAGAAGAAUUUUCCCACGGGUGCCCACAAGUGUUCGCGUUGUAAUAAAAAUGUGCACCUACUUCCUGGAUGCUCAAUUUUAUGUCCAGGAUCUGAGGAAGGGCAUGGUCAAAAACGCAUUUGCAUUGCAUGUUCCAAAGGGAGAAAUGGAAAUCAAAGUGUGACAACAAACAGAACACUGCCUCAUCCUUCUGCUUCUCAAAAACUGCCUUCCUGCAGUCCAGCACCAUCAGCACCUCACUGUUUCUGUGCAGUGCCAGCAAGGAGGAUAAUGACAUCACCCCUUUGCAAAAGGCCAAACAGGCCAAUGUACAAAUGCUCGCUGUUUCAAUGCAACUUUACACGAUAUGCUCCUAAGCAGACUGAAGACCAAGUUCUACAAUUGGAUUAUUCGGCAUCAGAAAACACAAACACAACAAUCCCCUCUUCCCUUUUGGAUGAUGAGAAUGAUCAGAAUCUUAGUGACCUAGUGGCUGCAAUUGAGGCUUCUGAAGCAGAGGAAGAAACAGGGGAUGAGGUAAUAACGUUGUCCUCAGAUGAUGAAAUAGAACAUGAUGAGAUACCUCAAUCAAUGGAUGAGACGGUAAUUAAAGAAGAAACAUUUGAAUCAGAAGUUGAAACAGAAAAAGAGAGAUUAGAAUCAGAUGUUCUUGAAACUGGAGGAGAGAGCGAAUCGCAUGUUGGAUCAGAAAUCGAAAAGAGAUUUGAAUCAAAUGUUGGAAAAGUAGUCGGAGAGAGAGAACAAUCAGAUGUUCUUGAAAGUGUCAGAGAGAAAGAGUCACAUGUUGGAACAGGAAUCGAAGACGAAUUGGAUUCAAAUGUUGGAGAAGAAGUCGGAGAGAGAGUACAAUCAGAUAUUCUUGAAGGUGUGGGAGAGGAAGAAUCACAUGUUGGAACAGGAAUCGAAGACGGAUUGGAUUCAAAUGUUGGAGAAGAAGUCGGAGAGAGAGUACAAUCAGAUAUUCUUGAAGGUGUGGGAGAGGAAGAAUCACAUGUUGGAACAGGAAUCGAAGACGGAUUGGAUUCAAAUGUUGGAAAAGAAGUCGGAGAGAGAGUACAAUCAGAUAUUCUUGAAGGUGUUGGAGAGGAAAAAUCACAUGUUGGAACAGGAAUCGAAGACGGAUUGGAUUCAAAUGUUGGAAAAGAAGUCGGAGAGAGAGUACAAUCAGAUAUUCUUGAAGGUGUUGGAGAGGAAAAAUCACAUGUUGGAACAGGAAUCGAAGACGGAUUGGAUUCAAAUGUUGGGAAAGAAGUCACAGAGAAUUUAGGAUCAAACAAUGAAAAAGGGAUCCAACAAGAACUUAGAACAGAAAAUAGAACUGACGUAACGUCAGCCUCCAGCUUACUCAGGAAGUCAAUGGAAGGAAUAAAACUGCCCCAAGUGAAAGCAAGGGGAAGACCCCGAGGUGUGGAUAAAACUGUUCUCAGCGUCUACCAAAAGAAGAAAACAAAUCAGGUAUCCGGGAAAAAUGUACCAAAUCGACAAAGGAAACCAAAAGGAGCUGUAAGUGGUAAUGUCUCUGCUGAUAGAGAGGCUAGUGGUCUUGCAAUUCCAGAUGAGGACAUCUUCCCUGAUGCCAGUAAUUAUUGUUGGAAUUUGAAGUCACAGACCUCAGAAAACAAAUUACAUCAGGUCAAAAUACUUCAACAGAAGACAAAUUGCUCAUGUGGUCUGGAGAUUUGUGUCCAUUGUCUGACAUGUUCAUGUCCAGACCAUACCCAUAGGAGCAUACCUUGUAAACACAUGCAUAAAAUUGUUGCGUUCAUACAAGAGAAAGGCUUAAAAUCAGAUUCAUUAUUUUAUAGUUUUCAAAUGGAAACAGUACACAUUUGUUUUAACAAUGAAAAUUUCAUUUACAAAGAUAAAGCUCCACCGAUUGGGCCCCACGUCACACCCCCAACAGAAUCUGGAAAUGAAGCCGAAGCCAUGAGAGGAAAGGCAAGAAAGAGACCGUUGUUAUUUCCACCCACAAAUACUGAUGCAAAAUUACCUAAACCCAGCAAGGGCACCAAGACAAUAAGUUGCGUUGUAUGUAAUCUGAUUGCUGUUGGCAAUGGAACCCUUUGCAAAAUUUGCAAAGGUGUUGUACAUGUGGACGAAUGUUCCAUUAUUUUAAAUGAACCAUCUCCACGAAUCUGCAGAGGAUGUUAUUGUCAAAAGUGUAAGCAGGCUAAGGAAAGGGACCACGUCUGCACUUGCUGUGUAUGUGGGGAAAGUGUUCUGGAUGCAGAGGCUGAGCAGUGCUACCGAUGUGAAAGAACUGUCCACAUGGAAAAAUGUGAAAAGAAAAUUGUAGCACCAGAAAAGGGAGGUGAUACAAAAUCCAUUUGUGGCUUGUGUUCCUUUUCAUUAGAAAAAGGUUUUACCAGAAGCACCUUUGACAUUCUCUCUAGUGAUGUAAUGCUGACGGACCAACAAAUUUCUAUUGCUUCUACCUUGUUAAAAAAUGAGUAUGGGGAUAAAAUAGAUGGCUUGUGCGCCCCUCUCGCAGUAACUUACGGUCAAAAGGUGGAUUCAAUAAAUUUUUAUCCUCGUAAACAAGACAAGGAUUAUGUGCAAAUCAUUAACACUGGCAGAGAACAUUGGAUGACAGUUUUAUUCAAGAAAGGUUCCUCUUCAGUUACUAUCUACGACAGUAUGAAUUCUCUUUCUUUAUCUGGCCACUCUUUUUUCCAAAUAGCAAUGAUUGCUCAUUCAAAAGAAGAUCGAAUUGUGAUAGUAAGGCCACCUUGCAAGCAGCAAACAAAUUCCACUGACUGCGGAUUGUUUGCAAUUGCCAACGCUGUGGAAUAUUGUGCUACUGGUAAAGUGACCUUCAUAGACUUCGACACCACACAGAUGAGAAGUCACUUGCUCCAGUGCUUUGAAAAUGGAAAAAUUUCAGUAUUCCCCCGUCUUAGCUCCAGGCCCAAGAAAAGUAAGAAUGAAGUUAAUACUAAUAUUCUUCAUGUUGUUUGUAUCUGCCGACUUCCAGAGGCAUAUGGAAACAUGAUAGAAUGUGACUCCUGUAAUGUAUGGUAUCACAAUAAAUGUGUUGGCCUUUCUGAUGAGUGCAAUACCCCUGAUAACUGGAUUUGUGAUAAGUGCCAUAUGAAGUCGUGAAGAGUCAUUCAUUGCUUAUUUAAAGAAUAAUUUGAACUUUUAAAUUUGUUCAAUGGUUUGUAGGUUUUAUGGACCUGUUCAAGUCCUUGAUGUCAGUUGAAUUUUUUUAAAGAAUUAUUUGAGUUUUUAAAAUUGUUUCUAUGUUUCAUGAACCUGUUUGAGUUCUUCAAGAUAGUUUUUAAGAAUUUUGUGAAUUUUUAAAAUUGUUUCUAGGUGUUAUGGACCUGUUAGUCAGUUUUUAAGAAUUAUGUGAAUUUUUAAAAUUGUUCAAUUGUUUCUUUGUUUUAUGGACCUGUUAGUUACAUUUAUAUGAGCUCUUUAGUCAGUGAAUUUUGUGCCAUCAGACAAUUUAUGAAGCAAUAUCUUACUUAGACAUAAGUAUGUGCCUAAUAACUUUGUCACUUUUAUGUUAGUACUGUAAGAGAUUGUGAAAUCUUUUUAUGUCAUUUUGCAUUUUGAUAACUGUUUUCUUUGUUU